CUGGGGGCGCCGCAUCCUCCUCUUCCGCUUCCGGCGUCUCCCUGCAGCCAUGGCCGCCCCCGUCGCCGGCCCUGGUGCGCCGCUAUCCCCGGACGAAUUGCUUCCGAAAGGCGAUGCCGAGAAGACGGAGGAGGAGCUGGAAGAGGAAGACGAGGAGGAGCUCGAUGAGACCCUGUCGGAGAGACUAUGGGGUCUGACGGAGAUGUUCCCGGAGAAGGUCCGCUCCGCGGCUGGAGCCACGUUUGACCUCUCCCUCUUUGUGGCCCAGAAAAUGUACAGGUUUUCCAGGGCAGCCUUAUGGAUUGGGACUACUUCCUUCAUGAUUCUGGUUCUUCCUGUUGUCUUUGAGACUGAGAAGUUGCAAAUGGAGCAACAGCAGCAACUGCAGCAACGGCAGAUACUUCUAGGUCCCAACACAGGGCUGUCAGCAGCAAUACCAGGGGCUCUACCUUCACUUCCUGGAAAGAUAUAGUUACCUCUAUAGUUGACUCAUCUUGGUCGGAGAAGUUUGAAAAUUUGAUAGUGUUUGAACUGCUGAUUAUUUGGAUUUUUUUUUCUUUUAACUUUGGCACGUUGAUCUAAGAUCAGUCUUGUCCCUUGGAAACUCCCAAGUUGCACAUGUGCCCUCCACACUAUCCUGAUUUGUUUCUUCUCUCCUCACUAAUAACCAGAGUAUAGCGAUGCGGUUAUUCUAGCUCUGGCCAUCCCACCCGUUUCACUAAAUUACUCUUGACCGCAAGAUCUCACUAUCCCAUUGUGGGGUAGGAACUGAUGCCAUUGGGAAAGAUGUACCCCUGACCAUUAAUGACUGUUUUGUUUUUAAGAAUGGAGAUGUUGGGGAGGGACAUGCACACAAUAUGAAAUACAAAAUGCAUCACAGCUGUAGCAUAAA